GAACAGCUGCUGUGAGAGGAUGAUGCACCUCAGCGGACGCAGGUGCGCACUGUUCUCCAACUCUGAUUUGAUAUUCCAAUAACUUUUGCUGCGCCUGUUUUUGUGCGCAAAGUUCGGCGAGUCUCCGCUUCGGUUCCGCUCUCUCCACAAAUGGCUUAUUGGAUCAUCUUCCCGCAUUUGCACGCGACUGGCGCAGCUCUGGUCCUGCUCGCGCUGAUUCUGACAGGUGAUGCUGCCGCGGAUGUUUUCAACAGCCAUGGAUUAUCUUACGCCCUAAGGUCCGAGCUUUCUGAAGACACCAUACUGGUGGCUGAUAACGGGAUCCGCGUGCCUUUCGGGAGAUCCGUUUUCAUUGAUCCCAUUAAUGAUCUGGUUAUCCAAGUUCAGCCCGGCGAUAGAUGCAGCGUUACGGUUUUGGAUAACGACCCCUUGUCUCAGCGACCGGGACAGCUGUCUCCGAAAAAGUUUCCGUGUGAAUUUGGCCCCAACGACGUGAAGUAUUCCCACUUUGGCUCCAGGAGUCCCCCGAGAGACAGCGUGAGGUUACAACUCAGGUAUGACACCCAAACGGAUACGAUCAUUAUCCCGUUCAUGAUGGAGGUGGAAGUCAUUUUCACGCAGCUGGAAGUGGUUACCAAAAACAUGCCAGUCACUGUUGACAGCCUGCUGGGAAUGAGUAAUCCCAUCGAUAAAGGAAUUCUAGAAUUUACCUUUGAUAGAAACACACAGCAGUGCAAAGUAGUCUCCCCCUCCAGUGGAAGCAUGCUUCCCAGAUAUGGAAAACUUGUGGAUGAGGACAGCCUGGGAACAAUGUUAGACUGUGAUGAGUUUAUUAAAAUGAACACCUGUUAUCAGCACACCUCUGCUUUGAAGUCACCAAACAGAGAUUACAUUCCCAUGCUUGUGGAAUUACACGACAGAGAGGGAAAUGUGCUCAAGCAGGAAUUUUUCCAGAUUUUGGUGAGAAUAAAGGACGGAGAGGACAACACGCCUCCUAAACCCAGUUUUGUUGCUAUGAUGAUGAUGGAAGUUGACCAGUUCGUAAUGACCGCGAUAACCCUGGAUAUGUUAGCUGCGGAGGAUGUGGAGUCUAAUCCUGAUGAAUUAAUUUUCAACAUCACCUCCCCUCUCUCCUUUGAAGAAGGCUACAUAGUCAGCACCGAUGACAGGAAUUUACCAAUAACCUCGUUUUACCAAGGGGACCUCAAAGAAUUUAAAAUUGCGUAUAAACCUCCUGCUGUGGAUUCAGACACUGACCGGAUUUUCCAGAUUGAGUUUGAGGUGGUGGACACGGAGGGGGCUGUGUCAGACCCCUUUGCUUUCAUGAUUGUGGUUAAGCCUAUGAACACAUUGGCCCCUGUAGUCACCAAAAACACCGGCCAGUUACUGUAUGAAGGUCAAUCCAGGGCUCUGUCUAGUUCACAUAAUCUAGAAAUUAGUGAUGAGGACAAUUUAGACACAGUCAAAAUUUCUGUUAUUGAUGGCCUGAGGCAUGGAGAGUUAACCGUUCUUAGUUCCAGGAGGAAAUUUUUCACCCCGGCUGACCUCGAUGCUGGAGCAGUCAUUUAUCAGCAUGAUGGCAGCGACACCUACAGUGAUAACAUCAUAUUCAGGAUGACAGAUGGCACGCAUGACGUGGAGUUUUUGUUUCCCAUCACUGUUGUUCCAACCGACGACGAACCGCCCAUAAUCAAUGCCAACACUGGGUUGGUUCUGUUUAAAAACCAAAUGAUGCAAAUCUCCUCACUUACGCUCAGCGCGGCUGACAUCGACUCAGAAGAUUCAACAAUAAAAUUCACAUUAGAGCCUCCCACUUCAACAGUGGGGCAGGUGUUGCUGCGUCAGUCGGAGGCACCAGAGGACCCAUCUACUUGGAAGUUUAACACCGGGGAUGAAAUGUAUGAAAAAGUUGUGACUGAAUGGAUUCAGCGGGAUAUUACUGAUGGAAAGCUGUUUUACAAACACGUAGGGCCUCACAGCACCAGAGCAGUCUUGGAUCAGUUUGUGUUUAGAGUCCAAGAUGAUAAUGACCCACCUAAUCAGUCAGGUAAGAACUCUUUUAUAAUUAAAGUUCUCCCUGUUGAUGACCUCCCACCUGAACUGUACCCUGGCACAAACCUACAAAUGACUGUACACGAGUAUCAGCUUACCUACUUCCAAAAUAAAUUCCUCCGGUACACCGACCUCGACUCUGAGGAUCGUGAUCUCAAAUACACAAUCAUCCAACCACCAACGGACACAGAUGAGAAUAACCCUGUUGUACUGGGAGCUCUGGUGUUGACUGAGAACUCCAACACUGAAGUCACAAGUUUCACUCAGGCGCAAAUUAACCACCAUAAAAUAGCUUACAAACCACCGGAUCUUGAGCUAGGAAUUACCACACAUGUUGUACAGUUCAGGUACACUGUGGAGGAUUUGUCUAGAAACACGGCAGAAGGAAUUUUCCAAAUAUUCCUAAAGCCUGUGGACAAUAAACCCCCACAAAUAACAAACUCUGGAUUUACUGUCCUGGAACGUGGCAGACAUGUCCUUACUAGAGCUGAGCUGGACACCACUGACACAGAUACAGACAGCAACAAGAUAACCUUCACUAUUACGCAGCCUCCUCUCCAUGGUCAAAUCCAGUUUACAUUAACUGACUUGUCAAAAGGAGAUACUUUCAAUCUGCAGGAUAUUGGAAAUGGCAUGAUCUCAUACACCCACAGUGGAGACGAAUCAACAGCAGACUUAAUACAAAUUGAUGUCAGUGAUGGGGUGCACAUUGUCCCAAUAACUAUAAAGAUUACUGUGAAGCCGAUUGAUGAUGAGAUCCCCACUAUUAGUCUUCCUGCUGGCACGAUAGGAUCCUACUUAGAUGUACUGGAAAAUGGAGCUACAGAAAUUACAAGUAAUGUCAUCCAGGGAAAAGACGAGGACACUGAUGACCUCCGUUUGACCUUUAUUGUUGAAGACAAGCCAUCAUUUGGUGAAAUCCUGGUGAGAGGGGUUCCGUCUGACACGUUCACUCAAGCUGAUAUCAUUAACGGCUUUGUGCUCUAUGCUCACACCAGCGGCGAGAUAGGCAUGAACACAAAGGAGGACUUUUUCAACCUCACUCUGACAGAUAUGUCUGAUGAGUGGACUGUAGGAGGAAAUAAAAUUACAGGUGUUAGAGUGCAUGUAACUAUUCUUCCCCUGGACAGCCAGGCUCCAGAGGUCUUUGUGGGGCCACAGUUUAGUGUUACUGAGGGAGAAAAGAAUGUCAUUCACAUUCUUCACAUAAGUGCCGAUGAUAUUGAUACCCCCAGUGAUGACCUCCUUUGUACAAUUAUUGUACAGCCAACUUCAGGGUAUGUGGAAAAUAUAUCUCCGGCCCCAGGCUCAGAGAAAUCCAGAUCAGGAACAGCUAUUAGUGCUUUCACCAUCAAGGACAUCAGACAGAAUCACAUUUACUAUGUUCAAAGCAUCCAUAAAGGAGUUGAGCCAGUGGAAGACAGGUUUACCUUCAGAUGCUCUGAUGGCAUCAAUUUCUCUGAACGGCACUUUUUCCCCAUCUCCAUAAUCCCCUCUAAUGAUGAAAAGCCCGAGAUUUACAUGAGAGAAUUUGUAGUUAUGGAGGGCAUGAACAUAGUUAUUGACACUCCCAUCCUGAAUGGCGCUGAUGCAGAUCUUCCUUCUGAUCAUCUCACGUUCUACAUCACCAUCGCCCCUAGACACGGAUUUAUUCUCAAUCAACUUCCUACUGGCUCCGUCCUCGUGUCUAACUUCACCUUGGAUCAGAUCAGGGAGGCCUCCGGUAUUGUGUAUGAGCACGAUGGCUCAGAGACAACAGAGGACAGCUUUGAUAUUGUUCUCACAGACGGAAAGUUCAACGUAGAGAAAACAAUAAUAGUUAUGGUUAUCCCCGUGGAUGAUGAAACUCCAAGGAUGGCGAUAAACGAUGGCCUGGAAAUUGAAAUAGGUGAAGUUAAAGUAAUAAAUAGUAAUGUUUUAAAAGCCACUGAUCUGGACUCAGAGGAUAGCACACUGACUUACAUUAUCAGAUACGGGCCCGGUCAGGGAUAUUUGCAGAAAACUUUGCCAUCUGGUGAAUUCCAAAAUAUCUCAGUUGGAAUGAAUUUUUCACAGAAUGAAUUAGAUCAGGGAUUGAUUAUAUAUAUCCACAAUGGACAAGAGGGAAUCCGCGAUCUCAUCAAAUUUGAUGUGACAGAUGGGUUCAACCCUUUAAUCGACAGAUACUUUUAUGUAACAAUUGGUGGUAUUGACAUGGUUUUCCCUGAUGUAGUCAGUAAAGGUGUAUCCCUUAAAGAAGGUGGAAGAGUUACUCUGACAACUGACCUGCUCAGUACCAGUGAUCUUAACAGCCCAGAUGAACACUUGGUUUUCACCAUCACUCGCGCUCCUGUCCGGGGACACCUGGAAUGCACAGACACACCCGGGAUCCCAAUUUCAUCCUUUACACAACUCCUGCUGGCUGGCAACAAAAUCUACUAUAUUCACACUUCUGAUGACGAAGUGAAAAUGGAUAGCUUUGAAUUUGAAGUGACUGAUGGCUACAACCCCGUAUUUCGCACUUUUCGCAUCUCCAUCACUGAUGUUGACAACAAAAAGCCUGUAGUAACAGUGCACAGCCUGUUGGUGACCGAGGGAGAAAACAAGCUCAUCACACCCUUUGAAUUAACGGCUGAAGACAGAGACACAGUCGAUCGCCUAUUGAAAUUCACAGUCAUUCAGGUCCCUGUUCAUGGUCGUCUGCUCUUUAACAACACCCGGCCUGUCACCUCCUUUACAAAGCAGGACCUGAACCAAAACUUGAUCAGCUACAGACAUGAUGGCACAGAGAGUGCAGAGGACAGCUUCUCCUUCACCGUCACUGAUGGUACCCACACAGACUUCUACGUCUUCCCCAACACAGUAUUUGAGACACGAACACCCCAAGUGAUGAAGAUUAGGGUACUCCCGGUUGAUAAUGGGGUGCCACAAAUGAUAGUAAACAAAGGUGCCCCAAUGUUGCGGGUUCUGGAGACAGGUCACUUGGGAUUCAUCAUCACCAGUAAGACCCUUAAAGCUGAGGACAGAGACAGCAUUCAGGACUCUGUCACUUUUAGGAUUACUACAGCACCUGAACAUGGUUACCUGAUUAACCUUGGCAGAGGAAACGCCAGCAUAACCACCUUCACACAAGCUGAAAUCGAUGACAUGAAUAUAUGCUACGUUCUGAGGAAUGGUGAGAGUGCCACAAAUGAUAUCUUUCAUUUCUCCAUCGAGGACAGUGGAGGCAACAAGUUGAGGAAUCAGCAGUUUAGACUCAACUGGGCUUGGAUCUCUUUGGAAAAGGAAUACUAUGUGGUGGAUGAAGAGGUCAAGUUCCUCGAGGUUGUGCUUAAACGUCGUGGUUACCUGGGGGAGACUUCAUUUGUUAGCAUCGGCACAAAGGAUGGCUCUGCAGAAAAGGACAAAGACUUCCGUGGGAAGUCUCAAAAACAGGUGCAGUUCAACCCAGGGCAGACCACAGCCACCUGGAAGGUCAGGAUCCUGUCCGACAGCGAAUAUGAAGUGUCCGAGACAUUCCAGAUUGUUCUGUCAGAGCCUGUUAUGGCAGCUCUGGAAUUCCCUGAGGCUGCUACUGUGGAGAUCUUGGACCCUGAUGAUGAGUCAACAGUGUUCAUACCCUCAGCUGUGUACAACGUAGAGGAAGACAUCGGCGAGCUGCUUAUUCCUGUGCUCAGGAGUGGAGACGUCAGUCAAGAGCUGAUGGUCAUGUGCUACACUCAGCAAGUGUCAGCCAAAGGCACCAUCCCCACCACAGUGCUGUCCUACUCUGAUUACAUCUCCAGGCCUGAGGACCAUCACAGCAUUCUUCGCUUUGAUAAGGGAGAGAUAGAGAAAUCCUGUCGAAUAGUUAUAAUUGACGACUCUCUGUACGAGGAUGAGGAAAGCUUCAAUGUCACCCUCAGCAUACCCAUGGGGGGCCGCCUGGGCGCCGAAUUCCCCACAGCCAGAGUCGUAAUCAUUCCAGAUAUGGAUGAUGAUCCCAUUUUCUACUUUGGAAGCACGGAAUACCGUGUGGAUGAGAGUGAUGGCUUUGUGGAAGUGCAGGUGUGGAGAACAGGGACAGAUCUUUCCAAAGGAGGAUCUGUCACGGUGCGCUCCAGGAAGACAGAUCCCAUCUCUGCUGAGGCUGGUGUAGAUUAUGUGGGGAUCAGCCGGAAUCUGGACUUUGCACCAGGAGUGACCAUGCAGACGUUCCGUGUGACUGUUCUGGAUGAUCUUGGACAGCCUGUGCUGGAAGGUCCAGAGAAGUUUGAACUGGUGCUGAGGAUGCCCAUGAAUGGGAUCCUUGGGGAGUCAAGCAAGACCGUUAUCGUCAUUAAUGACUCCAUUUCAGACUUACCAAAGGUGCAGUUUCGUCACGCUGUGUAUGUAGGCGAUGAGAACUCAGGACAGGUCUCAACCGCUGUGUAUCGCAGUGGUGACACCAGUUACAAGUCCACAGUUCGCUGUUACAGCCGGCAGGGAACCGCCCAGGUCAUGAUGGACUUCAAUGAAAGGCCGAACACAGACGCCUCCAUCAUCACUUUCUUCCCAGGAGAGAUUGAAAAAUCCUGUUUACUGGUACUGGUUGAUGACUCAGAAUAUGAGGAGGAAGAAGAGCUUCGUCUUGUUUUGGGAAGCCCCAAGAGUGAUUCCCCAUUUGGAGCCUCUAUUGGAAAGCAAAACGAAACCCUCAUUAAGAUAAACGAUGAGGCAGACAGACCAGUUAUUAGUUUUGGAUUGACCAAAUUCAGUAUGAGUGAACCAAAGGAAAAGGGCCAAGUCUCGGUGGUGAAGAUCCCAGUGUUACGUGUCGGAGACACCUCCAAGGUCUCUGUUGUUCGAGUCCACACCAAAGAUGGAUCUGCCACCUCCGGGGAGGACUACCAUCCAAUAUCUGAGGAAAUUGUGUUCAAACAGGGUGACACAGAGCACUACGUGGAGGUGGAGAUUCUAUAUGAUGGGGUCAGAGAAAUGAGGGAGGCCUUCACUGUUCACCUUAAGCCUGAUGAGAACAUGGUGGCAGAAACAAAGAUGAGCAAAGCCAUCAUUCACAUUGAAGAGGCUAACAGCAUGGCGGAUGUGACAUUUCCCUCCAUACCCAGAGUGGUUUCUUUACUUCAUUAUGAUGACACCAGAAGGACCAGGCACGCUCUGCCAGUGACUGGAUACCCUGUCAUUUGUGUCACCGCUUGUGACCCCAAAUAUCCAGACUAUGAUAAAACAGGUUCUAUCUGUGUGAGCGAGAAUAUCAACAAUACGUUGACUCGCUAUCGUUGGCUCGUUAGCGCCCCAACCGGCCCAGAUGGUGUGACCAGCCCAAUGAGAGAAGUUGACUUUGACACUUUCUUCACCUCCUCCAAACUCAUAACGUUGGACUCAGUCUAUUUCCAGGCCGGCUCCAGGGUCCAAUGUGCUGCAAGGGCUGUGAACUCUAAUGGGGAUGAAGGUCUAGAACUGAGCAGCCCCAUAGUGUCAAUCAGCACAACUGAGGGAAUGUGUCAGCCUCGCGUUGCAGGAACUGUGGGGGCAGAGCCGUUCUCUGCCAAGCUUCGAUACAGUGGAGCAGAGGACACAGACCACCCCAAUCUCAUCAAACUAACUGUCACCAUGCCUCACAUUGAUGGGAUGCUGCCUGUGGUGUCCACUCGAUCCCUUUCUAACUUUGAGCUGACUCUGAGCCCUGAUGCGAGCCGGGUCGGACAGCAUCGCUGCUCCAAUUUGUUGGAUUACAGUGAGGUCGAUACUCGCUAUGGCUUUCUCACUGACGCCACCAAGAAUACAGAAGUGUUUGGCGAGACGAAACCUUACGAAUACAGCACUUCCCUAAGGGGGUCCAGUACACUGCGUUUCUAUAGAAACCUGAACCUGGAGGCAUGUUUGUGGAAUUUCACUAGCUACUAUGACAUAUCUGAGCUUCUCAGUGUCUGUGGAGGAACCAUUGGGACUGAUGGACAGGUUCUGAAUCUGGUUCAGUCCUACUUGACCCUGCGAGUCCCACUACAUGUGUCCUACGUCUUCCAUUCGCCUGUGGGAGCAGGAGGGUGGCAGCACUUGGACCUGCAGUCGGAGCUGAGGCUCACAUUUGUGUACGACACUGCCAUCCUGUGGAGGGAGGGGAUCGGUAGUCCACCAGAAGCUGAACUACAAGGGGCCCUUUACCCGACCAGCAUGCGUAUAAAUGUCCAGGGACAGUUGGUCGUGAACUUCCGCACCGAGGCUCGAUUCAGGGGCUUGUUUGUGUCUGAUCAUCCAGCUUCAUCCCUCUCCUCCAUGGUCAUGUGUCCUGACCACCCUGGUUUAACCUUUAACCUCAGCCUCGUUCGGAGUGAGCCGACCUACAACCAGCCCAUCCAGCAGUGGACAUUCAUCUCUGACUUUGCUGUGCGGGAUUACUCUGGCAUGUACACAGUAAAGCUGAUCCCUUGUACUUCUCCUCCAAGCUUGGAGUACACCAUCCCUCCCGUCUGCAAUCCCAGAGAAGCACUCUCCUUUGACUUGGAUAUCCGGUUUCAGCAGGUUAGUGACCCGGUGGCUGCUGAGUUCAGUUUAAACACCCAGAUGCUCUUACUCUCCAAACGGACGCUCUGGCUCUCAGAUGGGUCCAUGGGCUUUGGACAGGAGACUGACACCGCUUUCUCACCAGGGGACACGGUUUAUGGCAGAGUGAUGGUGGAUCCCGUCCAGAACUUGGGUGACUCCUUUAUCUGUAACAUAGAGAAAGUGUUCCUGUGCACAGGAGCAGACGGAUACGUCCCAAAGUACAACCCCAGCAACUUUGAGUUUGGCUGUCUGGCCGACGCUCCGUCUCUUCUCUACAGAUUUAAGAUCAUUGAUAAAGCUCAGCCAGAGACACAGGCCCACUCAUUUGGGGAUGUAGCCUUUAAUGCUUUUCUGGCGGUGGAUGACCCUGGAGCUUUACCUCUGGUGAGACAACCUGGAGCAGAUGGUUUCAGAAUGGAUUCUUCAGCCCUGUUCCAGGUGGCUGCAGGGAGAGAGUGGUACAUUCACUCCAUCUACACCGUCCGUUCCCGGACCAAUGCCAAUCGAGGCAUCGGGAAGAGAAGCCUGGAAUAUCAUGUAAUGAGCCAGUACUCCAAUCUUCUUCCAAAGAGCCAGCAUCGCAGCAAAAGGUCAGCCAGUGAUGUGCCAGACAUAGUAGACGAGAUUGGCGAGAGCAAUAACCGGGGCACCAACAUCUUGCACAUUGCGUUGGACCGCAGCAGCCAGCGGAAGAUGAGCCCAGAUGGGGAAAUCUUCACCAAAAGCAGCAAUCCUCGUGAGCUCAACAAGAGAGAAGGUGAUGAUGGACUGGUGUUAAUCAUCGGUGUCUUUGUUGGACUGCUCUUCACCGUGCUCAUCGUUAUUGUGGUUGUGCUACUAGUACGGGCAAAGCGUGAGAAGAAAGAAGUGCCCAGGAACUCCAGCAGUGCAGAGCCUAUGAUGAUGACUCAAGGCCUCAGCAGCACUGACAGCUCCGAGGUCUAACGGACCAACGGUCAACAGAUUUAAUCAACACUUUUAUUUUGCAAGUGCCUCACGUUUAGCUGAAAUAAAUAAAGAUUGUGUGUGAAGCAGCACAAACUACAAAAGCCUUGACAUUAUUCAGAAAACUACUUGAAGUAUUGCAUCACUUCCAAAGCCAGGGAGAAAUCUGGACACUAAGCAGGAGACGGAUGGUGUUAGCAGCUGCUUUCUGGUACUUGUCAAUAUGUCAGAACACUCUUAUUGUUACUGAUGGGCUUUUGUUGCCUACUUAUCCAAAAAAUAAAGGUUGUGUCGUGUUUCCAAAGGUGCUACGGGAGAUCUCCCUUAACUUGAAUGGCACUGGCUGUUUUGCUAAGUAGGUCAAGAGAAGCAGAUUUUAUUUUAUUAAUUUUUUUUUGCUUGCUGUUAUUAAACAGACUUUGUAUAUUUAAAGCUGCAAUGGCAAAUCUACAGAACAAUCUGGUUUUUAAAUACAAACACGGUCACGAGCUCUCGCCACUCCUGUCUCACACCCCCCUGGGUCUGCUUGAUACCAGAACACACAUUGCCACAGUAGAGCACAAAACUUCACAAUAGAGCACAAAACAGUGGUGUUCUGUUGCAAAAUGUGUGAGUGUGUAAUUAGUGGAUGACACAAGUAAAUGCAGAAGUGUGGUGUUUCGGUGAGACCGGCAACUAGAUGGUUCAAUUGGUGGUUUUGAACCGAGCCCUGUUAUUGGCUCAGGUUUUAAGACGCAUGAGAGAAAAUCCCUUCAUUCAUUUAUUUUUUUCAUUUGAUUUAAUUUCUACAAAAUAUUUAUAGUUAUCCUGUAGAUUGGAUGUUGAAAAUGUUUGAGAGAUAAUGUGUAGUUUCUACCAUUAAUCUCUGGAAACAUGCAUCAAAGUGUUGCUGAAAAUGAAUUAAGUGAUGCCCAGUUAUUGAACGUUAUUUAUGGUUUCGUAACCAUAAAAAUUGGGUCUAAAAUACAUGGGAGCAGGCCUAAGGGUUUUCUUCAAUGUGUUGAGGUACUUGGCCUCGCAAGGCGAUGUCUUGCGAGGCCAGGCACCUUGCUUACAAGGACACUGUCCUUCCUUGAUGAAAGAAAUUGGUUAAAUGGAACAGACUUGCAUCACAACCGCGGCUUCCACGGCAGUCACGUAACAUCACGUGAUACGGGAGAUAACAUUAUAUUUUAUACUUAUAUGUUUCAAUAUAAAUGUAUAACAAGCCUUUUACUUUUUAAAUUUGUAUAUAUUUGUUUAAUUAAAUAUGUAAGUGAGUUACUACCUGCUAGCCACUAAAGCUGCAACUACUAGCAUCUAACCAACCAUAUAUAACUGCUUUGGAUAUUUAAAAAAAAGCAUUUCAGAUAUCAGCCCGAUAGCUACAAUUAGUUGACUUACAUUUAAAUUUUCCCCCAAAGUAGCUGAUGGCUUCGGAACCGCCAUCCUUUAGAAAAUACUGCGGUGUAUUCUGGGAAAUUUUUGACCAAGGCUAGACUACACUUCUCCCGUGUAUCCUUGCUCAGCUAGCUAAACGCUAACAAAUGGAAAAGACGCCUCGGUAGAUCAUGAACAUUGGAACACGCCUUGGCAGUUCCUGAUGACAUAUCUCCUAGGCAACCAGAGCAGGACCAAGACAUCAAGGCGAGGUUCCUUGGCAUUGAGAAACACCCUUAGUCUGUGGGUGACACCACAUUAGACGACAUGUUUCCUUCUAUGGGAGCCCGUGAGGACAAAACACAUUUACUGAUUUGUAACAAAGGGUUACAAAACACUCACCAUUCAUAAACAUUGUUUUACACAUUUACCUCUUCACUUGUUGCCAGUGAUGAACGGCAACAACAACUGAUGUGCGUCACUUUGCUGGAGGUUGCGCUCCCAGGGAUUUUUGGCCCUAAUGGCCAUCCGUUGGUACGGUCUUACUCGAACACAAAAAUACUGCUUGCUUGCAAAGAUUUAUUUAUGUACUGCCCCCUAUCACCAGGAAAACACAUUCUCACUCUAAGCUAGCUUGUUGUGCAUAUUUGCCAUUAAAUCUAAGUGCACAAAGACAGUCCACAGAAUACGUUGAUUUAGUUUCGCUGCGUGCUCAAGAAGGUUCCAGGCUUUUGAGGGUUUUUAUCUAAAACGUUUGUCUUGUGUGAUCAGUAAAACAUGUAUUCAAAUUAAAUAACUCAGAACUCAUUAGAAUAAAACUGUUGUGUUCAUGUUUUGCAUGGGUUUAAUGUUUUUCUUUAGAGUUGAAUUUGUGUCUGAGCUGCUGUAUUUCUACCAGGCUGCAUUUUACUGUCUAUCCCUGUAUUUAUCGGUAGCACACAGUUAUUAUGACUUUUGUCCUGAUAUCUAAAUGUUGAACCACUGUAUGAUUUUAUGCAUAUGGCACUAAAAAAAAUAGAAGAAAAUUUUUUAAAGAAAAAUAGUAGGAAAGCAACUUUAAAGACAGCUGGUCUGCAGUAUAGUGUAGUAUAGCAACGGUUUAAGGUCAAUCAAGUUUAAAAACAAUUUUCACUCUUGAUGAAUGAACUUGUACACUAUUUUUAAUUAUUCGCUAAUGUAGUUUGGUAGAAAUAACACCGACACUAAAUCUGUCACAGCGAGGCUUCAUGAUGACCGAGUUUUAAAUAAUUAGAAUAAUAUUUUAAGCAUAAAGGGAAUUUGAUGUUUUAAUCUCAGUCACUGCUGUUCUCAUCGUUCUCUGGAUGAUUUAUUAGUGCUAAAUUUAAGUUAUUUUUCAGUGCUUUGCUUUGUGGCGUAAAUCGUGUAUAUUCCCGUGGUUGUUUUUAUCCUUAUUUGAGAUUUUCUACAUGAUACGAAUAUCUAUGGAAAGUUACUGUGUCAUGUUUUCAGUGUAACACUGUAAAUUACACAAAACUCGCCAAGAUUUUGGUUUAUUUGUGCGUUUUCCUAAUUUCAAAGCACAAUUUGAAUACCUCUUUAUUCCUCUUGUCUGUUAAAUAUGUUGAGCUUACAUAGUUUGAUUUAGAAAUUGAAAACACUUCUAUGCAACCUGUAACAUUUUUAUUAAAUGAUUUUUUGUUUGUUUUCACACAAUCAGCUCACUAGUUCAGGUGUGAAUGUGUGUUUAUGUCUUGUUUUUUUUAUACAUUGCAGUGUUUUUUUAUGAAUUAUUGCUUUGAUUUCAUUCUGAGUGUUUUAAGCACAUUUAUGUAUGUAUGUAUAUACAUAUAUUUUACAUAUAAAUGUACCAUUUGGAGGAUUGGGGGAAUGGCUAUUGUUUAAAUGGUUAUUGUUAUUUGCUGUAAGGAUUUGUAUCACAGACCUGAAGCACAACCUGGUCUGCAAAUAAAUAAUUUUUCAAGAAAA